AUGUGUUUUAUUUAUGAUGAUGCAGCUUAAAGAAUUAAAGAGAAAAUUCAUGAUGAUUAUUUCAUGCAAAUAAAUGAAUUUAUGAAUAAUGAAUAAAUCAAACUUUUUCAUCAAUUAUUUUAUUAACCAGAAUAUAGAGAAAUAAGCUAAAUAACAACAGAAUAUGGAUUCAUGCAUUCUAAUCUCUUAUUAAAUAAAAUGGAUAUUAUUUAAAUUUCCCUAAUCUUCUUAAUUAUUUUAUUAUAACUUAGUUUUUUAGGAGAAAUAUGUUAUAUAUAUAAUAAUAGAUUUUUAAAAAGAGUAGUAAUUAAUAUAAUCAAUGUAAAUAAGAAUAUUUUAAAUUCGAUAAAUAUAUAAAAUAGCAGCUCUAGAGAUUGUUUCAUUGCAUAUUUUAUUUUAGAUGUGCUUUUAAUUAUGGACUAAUUUUAAUUAAAGAUAGAACUGAAAUAAAUCUCAAAUCAAUUCUUCCUGGUGAUUUAAGCAAAUAGUAUAAAUUCUGUGGAUGAAAUAUUGGAAAUUUUAGAGAAUAAUUUGAUAAAAAACAAUUCUGGCUUUUAGCUUAUUUAGAAAUUAAAUUUUGUUCAAACUAUCUCUAUUAUUUGUAAGAAGAGUUAAAUGAUUAGAUCAGAACCAAUGCAGAAAAUAAGAUACAUAUAUAUGAAGAUAUGA